AUUAAGAUCCUUAUGAAGAUUGAAGAAGUAUUGAAACAAAAGCAAAAGCAAAAUAAUGAUAUCAUCACAGUAAAUCUUCCUGGACUGGAUGAAGCUGGUGUAAGUAUAUAUGAAGCAAUACAUAAGAAAUAUAAUGCAGAAAUAAUUGGGAACAAGCUUUUCAUCAAAUUUGACGGGCUGACUAAAGAAGAAUUACAUACAAGACUAGGCGUUUCAGUCGUGACACAUAAUCCAAAUUGGGCUACAGGAUCUAAUGUAAUAUGUAUCGUACAAGGGGCCCAUCUUCGACCUGACCUUGGCAUAUGGUUUCAGAGGCCGGCGCUUUUACAACGGUUAUACCCCAUUUCCAAUCCAUAUCCACCACCAAACGUGUGGAUUGAGGUGUUUUUUAAUAACACAAUAGACCGCGACAAUGCCUUAGAUAAAAUUGCUUUUGUUCAACGAAUCCAUCCAAGAAUUGAAUGUGUUGGGAUUGGUCUUUCCACUUCAGCUAUUCCUUACCUUGCAAAUCCGAAUCCUGGGGUAGCUUCAACUCCUGCAAUCCCUCAAAACAGCCGACCCAGGCGAGGUCCCUAUCUAAUCCAUUGGGACAUCAACAACAAUCCAGUCUUCUAUAAAAUUGGCAGGUGGAAUGAGCAUCUUGUGUUGAGAUGUGGAUGGAUGCUCCAAUUUAAUAUG